AUCUCCAUUUUUUUCUCUCUCAAUACCAAAAUUUCCUUCUUUGUGUUGAAAUUUUAGUAAAUGGAGUUGAGUUGGGCUGUGGCGGUGGCGGCGGUGGCGACCGCCGGCCUGGUGGCGGCGAAAUGGCUGCUGAAGAGCGUGAAUGUGUGGCUUUACGAGGCCAAAUUGGGGCACCGGCGGCUGGCUCUGCCGCCGGGGGAUUUGGGGUGGCCCUUUGUUGGGAAUAUGUUUGCUUUCUUUAGAGCCUUCAAGUCUACCAACCCUGAAACUUUCAUUGAUAGCUAUGUUUCAAGGUACGGUAAAACCGGAGUAUACAAGGCUCAUUUGUUUGGAAACCCUAGCGUGAUCGCGACGACGGCGGAAACAUGCAGAAAGGUUUUGACAGACGACGAAGCUUUUCAACCUGGCUGGCCACGCGCCGCCGUGGAGCUCAUCGGAAAGAAGUCGUUCAUCGAAAUGCCGCCGGAAGAACACAAGCGCCUCCGACGCUUAACCUCUGCUCCGGUCAACGGCUUCGAGGCCUUGAGCAAUUACAUUCCCUACAUUGAAGAGAAUGUCUUGGCUUCGUUGGAGAAAUGGUCAAAGAUGGGGAAAAUCGAAUUCUUAACUCAACUUCGAAAGCUCACUUUCACUAUUAUUAUGUACAUUUUCCUCAGCAGCGAGAGUGAAGAUGUAAUGGAGGCAUUGGAGAAGGAAUACACUAAGCUCAACUAUGGUGUUCGAGCCCUGAGAAUUAACCUUCCUGGAUUUGCUUACCACAGAGCACUGAAGGCUCGGAAGAAACUCGUGGAUACGCUGCAGUCAAUUGUGAGUGAUCGAAGAAGCCGAAAAUUGGACAAAUUGUACACGAAGAGGAAGGACAUGAUGGACGCUCUGAUUGAUGUGGAAGAUGAAAAUGGCAGAAAAUUGACCGACGAGGAAAUCAUUGAUAUUCUGAUCAUGUACUUGAAUGCAGGUCAUGAAUCUUCGGGCCACACCAUGAUGUGGUCAACCAUUUUGUUGAAUCAACACCCAGAAGUCCUGAAGAAAGCCAAGGCAGAGCAGGAGGAGAUUGUGAGGAGGAGGCCUGCAAAUCAAAAGGGAUUAACAUUAAGAGAAUGCAGGGAUAUGGAAUAUCUCUCAAAAGUGGUCGAUGAAACCCUUCGCUAUGUAUCAUUCUCCCUCGUUGUUUUCAGAGAGGCGCAAAUGGAUGUCAACCUCAAUGGUUAUCUAAUUCCCAAGGGCUGGAAAGUUCUGGCCUGGUUCAGGGGCAUUCACUAUGACCCUGAAAUCUACCCAGAUCCAAAGAAAUUUGACCCUUCCAGAUGGGAUGGAUUCAUACCGAAAGCAGGGGAGUUUCUUCCCUUCGGAGCAGGAAGCAGGCUGUGCCCAGGGAAUGAUCUAGCCAAGUUGGAGAUCUGCAUUUUCGUCCACUAUUUCCUCCUCAAUUACAAGCUAGAAUGGUUGAACCCUGAAGGUUCAAUCUUGUUUCUGCCGCACUCAAGGCCAAAAGACAACUGCUUGGCAAUAAUCAGCAAGAAUCCGAGCUUGGCUGCUUGAGGAGAAUUGAGUUUUAUGUAGGCAUAAUGGGGUGUGUUCUGUACCGUGUCGCCCACACAGAUUAGCAGAUAGACACAUUUGGCUUCUCGUUUGUGUCAUUUGGUAGUGAAUUUUGUAGUGCAACUCUGGUUUUAAUAAAAUUAGGAGUUGUUCAAGAACUUCAAGUUUGUCGGGUUCUCUUAUUCUUCAAAUUAGUGUUUUAUGAUCUAUAAUGCCAUAUCCUUGUAUUACUAAAAUGCUGUGUUUUGAAGUCAUUUGAAAUGGAAUGUUUGUCAUUGUUAUA